UAAAAGAUGUAGCAACACUUUUUAAUUCGAAGACCAGGAGACUAGCUUGCAGUAGUCGAAUAGCACUGGGGCGUUUCACUUGUUUCAUGCAUCCUGCCUUGUACACUGGAUACUGAUGUGUGAAUUUGACAUGAUCACCAGUCGUGUUGCCUUUCCAAAAGUCAGAAGAAAAACCAAGAGAAAGAUGGGAGCAAAUGUUAAUCAAAAUGGAAAAGACUAUGAUAUGAAAGCUGCUAGAGGGAAAAUAAAUUCUGUGUUCUGUCCAGAGUGCCAGGGUACAGGUAUCAUCAUUGAGGGGGAUCAAGUGGAGCAUGCACCUUUUUCUUUGUCUGAGAUGUUCAAAUUAAAAAUAAAGGCAUGUGAUGCACGUAGAGAAUGGAUAAAAAGUCCUGAACUUUUGCAGAAUUGCUCGACUGGAUUUCACUUUCCUGCACAAUCUGAGGAAAUAGGCCAGGAAAAAGUGAAGCCCAUAAAAUUGCUGCACUUCUAUCUCGUGCUGAUGAGAGAAGUUAGACACAGAAACACGAUAGCCGUGGAAUCUUAGCAAUCGGCAUUUUCAAAUCUAUCCCACAUGAUCCAUGACCCAUAAUAUGUUGUACAUCUUUGCACAUAGUGUAUUUCUUAAAAACUAUGAUUAGCUCUUUGGAUAGAUGUAGCCAUUUAGGUAGGUGGAUGGGUUGGAGGCUCACCUUACCUGACGAGACAAUGUGUAUACCUGUUGGCUUGUUGCUAACGAGAAUGCAUGUAUCAUUGUGUAUGUUGCUGACUUCCAUGUACAUGGUAAAGCAAAGGGCAAAAUAUCAUUGACCUUGCAGUGUACUGGAGUCUUAUUAUAAUUAGUACUUUCUGUGACUUUCUGGCCAGUCAUUAUUGGAUACUUGGGCAAUAUGUGCCCCUGCAGCAGAAA